UCGCAUCUCAUUAUUCUAUUCUACACUCUACACUACUCUAUUCUAUUUAACACUCUUUACUUCUCAACUUUCUUCUCUCUUCCUUCCUCCUCCUUUCUUCCAUGGAUUCCAUUUCCAUGAGAUACCAAGAAGACCAAACCCCAUCUUCUCUCCCUUCCCCCAAAACCCAACUCCCCUCCCCAAGACCCAUCACAAGAUCCGAACCCGGUAACCCAUACCCAACAACGUUCGUUCAAGCAGACACAACCUCGUUCAAACAAGUUGUCCAAAUGUUAACCGGUUCCUCGGAAACAUCAAAACAAGCAUCCUCCUCUUCCUCCAAACCAAACCACCACAACCACAACCACCUCAACAACAACAAUAACAUUCCACCAAUCAACACCAUCCCCAAAAAACAACACCAAUCCGGUUUCAAACUCUACGAAAGAAGAAACUCACUUCACAAAAACCUCAACAUCAACCCAUUACUACCCAUUUUCUCCAACAACACAUCUUUCUCACCUCGUACCAAACAAGAGAUCCUCUCACCUAGCAUCCUAGAUUUUCCUUCUCUUGUUCUUAGCCCUGUCACACCUCUUAUACCCGACCCGUUUGACCGAUCCGGACCCUCCAGAAGCUCUUGCUUGAACGCGGAAGCUGAAGAUAAAGCCAUUAAAGAGAAGGGAUUCUUUUUACAUCCUUCACCGGUUUCAACUCCCAGAGAGUCUGAACCUCGUUUGCUUCCUCUUUUUCCUACGACUUCUCCUAGGGGUUCAGGUCCUUAUUCUGCAUCUUGAAUUUUUCUUUAUUUUUUUUUUACUUUUUUUUUUUAUUUUAAUUUUUACUGGCAUUGUUGUUGCUGAUGAAAUUGAAAGGGAUUGAUUUGUACUGUUUUAUUUUAUGGAAGAGAAUUGAAUUGAAUAAUAUUUUUGUUUUGUUUUUUAGUAUGAUUUUUUUUUACCUUGAAUAUUAUUAGGGGGAAAAUGUAAAAUUUGAAAAAGUAAAUUAUGGUUAAUUAAUAUUUUUUUAUUAAGUUUAAAUAAGUUUCUGGUUCUAUAAAUAUCUCAAUUUUAAUUUUUAGUCCCUAUAAAAAAAAUUUACUUUUAAUUCAUAUAAAAUUACUUUUACAGUCACUUUUAGUCCAUGUAGAGGGACUAAAAGUUAUAGGGACUAAAAGUCGAAUUUUUUUAUAAGGACUACAAGUAAUUUUUUGUAAUUUUAUAGGGACUAGAAACAUAUUUAACCCUUUUUAUUAUAAGUCGUUUUAUAUUUUUCACAUUUACAAAAAUUAUGAAGAUUGUUAUAGAAUUGUCUUUCAUUAUUGAUAUGUAGAAGAUAAAUUUACAUAAUUGAAAAAAGACAAUAAUAAAUAUUUAAUAAUAUAAUACGUAAAAUAUUAUUAAUUAUUCGUUGAAAUUAUAAAAUGACUUAUAUUUAAAUUUUUUUUCAAAGUAACUUAUAAUAAAAAAUGGUGGGAGUAAAUUUGAAAGAAAUAGGAUCUAUGGAUUGAGUGAAAUAGGAGGGUGUAUUUAGUAUUUAAGGGUAGUUGGGGGUGUGAAUAAUAGUUAAUGAGGAAUUGAAAUGGGUGAGGCAGUUCAGUUACUUUAGGUCGACGGCAUUCAUAAUUAGUAGCAUUAAUAAACUCUGUACUGCUGAUCAAUGCAGUCAUUUUCUCUUUCUAGAGAGAGAAGAUUAGGAUUCUAGAGAGAGAGAGUGUGAUCAUAUUGGUAAAGGAGGUUUGGGCUAGCUGUCAAGUUAAGAGUUGUGGAAUGGGGAAGGAAUCUUUACUCUUUUCCUGUAAGAGUUUGUGAUGUGUUUUAUAGCUAUUCAUUGGAUUUUAUUUUGUAGUACUUUGUAUUGGACCAGGAUUGUAUGGGGUUAUUUUGGUCAUAAGUUGAGGCAUUCAUGCAUUUGAUAAAUUUGAGAUUGUUAUGUUGAGGUUCAUCUGUAAAAAAUUUAAACAUACAUUGAUGUAAGUAUGAAUGUAUGAUCUUAUCUUUGAUAUAAUCGUCUUAGUUGUUUUGAAUGUGUGAACGUGUAGUGUAUUAGAUUUUUAUAUGAUCUAAUUUAUUGUCAAAAUGAGAUAAGGUGUGUUUGGAUUGACGGUAAAUAAAAUUGAAUCUAAUAGAAUUGAGUUUGAUAAAAUUGACUUUAUUAGAAUUGAGUUUAUUAAAAUUGAUUUAUGUUUGGAUAUAUUUAUGUAAAUGUGAGUUAAACAAUAAAUUACAGUGUAAAAAUUAUCCAUAAUCAAUUCUGGAGGCAGAAGCUACAAAUUCUAACUUCAAGUAGAAUUAAUUCUAGAGACAGAAUCAAUUCUACUUUUGCCUAACCUGAGAUCUUAAAAUCAUCUAGAAUCAAUUCCACACCUAUAGAAUUGUUUUUGGGUUUUCUAAAAGCCAAACCAAACAUACACAUAGUAUUUUUAGAGUUUAAAGACAAUGGAGUGUUAAUAUAAAUCAAUAUG